AUGAAAUAUUUAUUUAAUAAAGAAACAAACACUGUUAAAUAUUAUCCUGUAAAAGCCAGUUGGAAAAAAUCGAUUGGACCAUUGGGAUAUUUUCCUUCCUCAAUUUUCCUAAGAAGUGGACUGUGGUUUAAAGGAAAAAUAGAUGUUGAAAGGUUUAUUAAAGCAAUGGGAAAUGCAUUAAUAGAAUACGAUUUCUUUUUAUCAUUUUUAUACAGAGAUGAAAAUGGACAGUUGUAUGCAUGCUACCCACCAAAGAGCAAAGAGAGUGAUGGCCAACAGCAAUUGGAAAUUGAAAAAAGACAAGAUUCCAUUGAAUGUUCUACAUUGGAAAUGAUACUACCAAAGAAGAUUAUCAGUCUUGAACAAGAUAUGGGGUUUGUUCCAGAUUUAAACGGAGUUUCGAUAGGUGCAUUAAAGUUAACAGUCUUUAGUGAUGGCUUUGUGGUUGGGUACAAUGUGAACCAUACAUUUUUUGACCAAGCUGGUAUCUUUUAUUUCUGUAAAUAUUUGUCGCAUUUGUAUACAUAUGGUGCAGAGAAAAGAGAAUUAAAGAAUCCACUUAUGUUUGACUCUAUUUCUUUGGAUAGCGAAAACAUUAGAUUUGCUGAUAUUAACGAAGCAAGAGCAUAUGGUGGUUCGGUACUAGGUAUUGUCUAUACUCCCAUUUCUAACUCGGUUUCUCCUGAUGAUGGUGGUGUUGCUGAAUGUUUCUCUAAAAAUUCACAAAUUAAUUUGAUGUUUGAUUUGAAGAGGGUCGAUGCAUUUAAGUCACAAGGGGGUCCAGCUCUUUCAAAGGGUGAUAUUAUUACUGCUAUCUUGUUUAAAGCCUAUACUUUUACAUCGUAUUUGUCCGAUGACCAAGAUUUUACCAUAAGAUAUUCAAUCAACUUAAGAUCUAAAUUGGGAUUAGGACAAGAGGCCAUUGGUUAUUUGGUUCAUCAAGGCAAGAUGUUAUUGAAGGUCAAGGACAUAAGAGAAAAGAGUUUACUUGAUUUGGCAAAAAUCAGUCGUGAAAGUGUAUUGGCAAUCACAGUGGACCAGUUCAAAGAGGAUUACAGCUAUUACAAGUGUUUACAAGAAAAUGGAGAGAAUAUGUUUGAUUAUGUUGGAAAGCCAAUGUUUAUUAGUUCGUUUAUUACCAACUGGACAAGCUUUGAUUACCACAACAUCCAAUUUGACGAUGCUGUUCCAUUUUCAUUAAGAACACAGUGUUUUGCCGGAUAUGGAUGCAAUAUUAUUACUUUUGAUGUCGAUAAAAAUGGCAACAAAGUCUACGCUACACCCAUUUCUGUUCCUGCUGAUUGCAUUGACAAAAUUAUUGAUUUGGGAACACAGACAAAACUAUUUACAACAGGAGAUAUUUUCGUUUAA